AUGGCACCAACCCAAAACUCCACUGUCUCCGCUUACUCUCUCAACUGCCAGUUUGAUUCUACUAGAAUCCAGACCAAGAUCUAUGCGGGAAAAACCAAGAAGACCAUCCAAAUUACUCCAACGAUCUCUGAGGAGGAAGUUUUCGAAGAGAAGUUCAAAAAGGAGUUCCCCGAGUAUAUUGAGCGAAAGAAGGAGAAGUACACAUGGAAGCAAUACUAUCAAAAGAGAAUGGAGAAAAAGCAGAAGAAACAAGAGAAAAAGAUGGAGAAGUUGGUGUCGAGAAUUGGAAAAUCCACUGCGAUUCAACGGAAAGAAACGUCCAAGACCAAACUCAUUGAUAUUGCUGGUUCAACUUCUGGGAAGAAGCCAUCGAAGAUCCGCCCACUCUCCACCAACCAAGGAAUCCAGAGAAAGCCGCCUACUAUCCCAAUUGCCACUGCUACUGUCAUCAAGCCUCGCCAAGUGUCUGCUCCCCUACAAGGACCAACACAAGUUCGGCGUGUUCCACCUGCUGCCGUCGCUAGGACCUUCACUCAAAAUGGAGCAUCUACGAAGAAAACAACUCCAUUGAUGCGAAAGUGUCUCCAGAUGAUGAAGAAGUAA